UAGUUAGUCAAAUUAAAGUGGCUAAGUGAGAGUUGGUUUGCAAAUAGUUGCUAAUACCACAAAUUGCAUUUACCAAAAUUUCCACUUCAUUCAUGCCGGCGGUCCAAUUACACUAAAGUUUCAAAACCUAUAUUCCAUCAUUGUCGGUUUGGACUAACUUGACCAAGUCCACAUAACUUCUCCCUUCAGAAAAAAGUUGCAAUUUAUCCGCAACAAUGGAGAUCUUUUCAAGAGACUCCAUCUCUAACGAGUUUGACUCCUAUGUUCCCGUCGCGGUUGAAAUCCCAGCUUCGGAACUUGCGAAAAUCCCUGACGGUCAAGACCUUUUAAUCCGUGUCAAGAAAAAUUCGACCAUCACAAAUGAGUAUAUUCCGCAUAAUGAGGAGAUCUGCUCAAGAAGGGCGUCCUCUCAAAUUGGAGAUGAAGACGAUUACGUAUUCCGAGUCAAGAAACCCAGCAUUUGCCCCUCAAUAGUGAGCACUGAAUCCGUCGUGGGUGUGGGUGGGGCACAUGGUCACCACGUCGAGGGGGAACAUGCGACGAGGAAGACUUCGCGACAAGAAGGACUUGCCCAGUUGAUGAGAACUUUAAGCGGAGCGUCGGCUUUCUCCAGUGGGAGCAGACCAGAGAGGAGGAUAUCCAGGAAGGAGAAGGAUGAGCAUGGUCAUGGCGGAGAAAGGAUUAAGAAGAUUAGCAGAGUGGAAAUUAGUGGAGAUGAUAUUGAGAGGAUAAAACGCAUAAGUCGCGAGGGUCCUGCCGACUACCAUAUUAAGCACGUCGUAGAGCAUCAUCAGCAUCACUACCCGAGAAAACCACAGUCAUCCUUCCGCACUCGAGAACUUUCCACCCCUGCCGAGUUUGAGGAGGAAGAGAACAUCGGGACGGGCACGACCGCAUCGCCCACUCCGUCAGGCGGAGACGGGUUGAGGUCACGAAAAACCAGUGUCUUCUACCCGCACGGGUUCAGCCUUGCGGAUGGAGUUGCUAACGAGACUUUUGAAGUUGAUGAGAAGGAUAAGGAUGGCAAGAGGCAUGAGCAGUUGGCAUCCCCCGUGGGAGGAGAAAGUCCUUGUCCUGGAUCCAAAACUGGUCAAGUCGUGAUUCCAUUUAAUCCGGAUGACUAUGAUUCAAAGCAAUGGCCGCAGGUGAUUGCUGCAUUCGCGGCAAACAUGGGAGCUCUCGCGUUCGGAUCUGUGAUGGCUUGGAGUGCAACGGGGCUCGCAUCUCUGCACAAUAAACAUGACGGAAUGCCAGAUACGAGUAAAGAGGAGGAUUCUUGGAUCGGGUCGCUUGCCAUUUUAGGAGCCCUUUGUGCCUGUCCUCUGGCUGGAGUAGGACUUGAGAAAAUUGGCAGGAGAAAGGUCAUGAUUUAUCUGACUCUUCCCUUUGUUCUGGGAUGGUUGUCCAUCGCAUUGGCUCAGAAUAUUUGGAUGAUUUAUAGUGGGAGGUUUCUGACAGGCCUUUGUGGUGGUGCUUUCUCAAUGGCAGCACCAGCCUUCACUGCAGAAACUGCUGACCCAAAAAUUCGUGGAGGGCUUGGAUCCCUCUUUGAUUUACUACUAUCGGUCGGAAUGCUCUACAUAUACGUUAUAGGAGCAUUUGCUGACUGGCGGAUGCAAGCUUAUGCUUGCGCCAUUAUCCCAAUCCUGUUCCACCUGUUGAUGUUUUUUGUCCCGGAAUCGCCCCGAUUUUUGGUCGAGAAAGAGAAAACUGCCAAAGCGGAGAAAGCCAUUUACUGGCUCAAAGGAGUGAAAACAUCUCCAGAACUCAUCGAGUAUGAGUUGUCCGAGUUGGAAAAAUCUGUGGGAGACUUGCGUGGGAAAAAAUUAACGGUCAAAGACACACUGCGAAAACCAAUUAUAAAACCAACCAUUCUCAUGGUGGGCAUCAUGUUUUUCACCACAAUGUCCGGAGUCGAUGCCGUCGUUGCGUAUACGGUCGACAUCUUUGAAAGUGCCGGAGCUGAGAUGAAUUCCCAUUUGAGCAGUAUCAUCAUCGGAAUUGUGAUUGUUGUUGCCACUAUCCCUGCCGCCGUGCUAGUUGACCACGCCGGGCGUCGCAUCCUCCUCCUAAUAUCUGAAGUCUUCAUGUCCAUCGCCCUGAUCGGACUGGGUGGCUACUUUCACAUCAAGGCGAAUAAUCUAGUCCUGUUCGGAUGGAUAGAUUUCCACACGAUUAGUUGGCUCCCGUUGGCCUGUCUCAUCGCAUUUAUCAUCGCCUAUUCGCUCGGAUGUGGUCCACUCUGCAUGGUCAUGACGGGAGAGCUCUUGCCAAAUUAUAUGAAGGGAUUGACCUCAUCCGUCGUGCUCAUGUCUCGGUGGGGAUUCGCUUUCUUCGUCACCAAGUUUUUCGAAGGGAUAAAAGAAGACAUUGGUGAUGAUGUGACGUACUGGGGCUUUGCGGCUGUGUGUUCGAUUGGGGCGUUAUUUGUUUAUUUUUUUAUUCCCGAGACGAUGGGGAAAAGUGUGGAUGAGAUUCAAAUUUACUUUGUGAAGGUUAGCAAGGAUAAGAAGAAGGUGUCGGUGGUUGAAGAUUUUUCAAUGCAUGACGUUUAAAAAUAAUAAUAUAUUUGCUGCAAAUAUUCGUAUUGUGUUGUAUGAUUUGGAUUUGCUUAUUUAUUAUAUUGAGUGUAAAAUGAUAAUAAAGGUGGGGACUGGUCAAAUAUUCA